AGAAGAAGAAGAAGCAAACGAGAAACAUAAACAAGAACCAGAGGAAGACAUGCCACAUUCUACAAAGAAGGUUCGCCGGUCUGAAACUAUUAUGAAGUCAGAUUACUACCAAAGACUGAACAGUGUUGCCAGGCGACGCUAUAAUGAUAAAAUCUCCGCUGUGGGUGAAGAUCCGUAUCUAAUCCCCCCAACACAGCAAAAACCCGCCAGAGAGUGUCGCAUCGAGGAGCUGCCAGGCCUGUGUUACCCUGAUAUAUUCAUGUUUCUCAUCGAAGUACCUGGGUACAGCGCCGGCGCACUGAAGGCAUACAAGAGCCUGGACGCUUACCGGUUCUUCCUCCGUGGCUGGGUCAGAUCUCUGAUGCUGUGCACCAGGAAAGACAAGUUCAUCAUAACCAGCAAGGUGAUCCAGUUUGAAGGCCUCACUGAGAAUCCUCACCCUGUGUGGACCAUCAUUGAGCCCAGUGGCCUUGUCGUUUCUGGUCAUUGCACAUGUAUGACGAGUUCAGAUGUGGUCUGUUCACAUGUUGCCGCCACCCUGUUUGCACUUGAUGCAUGUGUGCGCAUACAGCAGGAGAAGUCAUCCCCUGCCCUUCCAAACUCUCCGCGUAGCCGGCGGAGUGUCGAACCUGUGCAUGACGUCAACUUUUCAUACCCAAAUAAGAGGAGAAAGACCAUCAAUGAGAAUUCAAGACAGUCUACACCUGUAGUUCCACCUGCCACAGCGGAGGAAAUAAAGCAGUUUUAUGACAGCCUCGCCAGUUCAGGUGCUAAGAGUGUAGUUCUGUCUGUGCUGCCAGGCUACAGCGAGGAGUUCAACAGUUCCUCCUGACCUGACUUUUUAGUAUUUUUUAUAUGGAUGUAUAAAUGUAUAUAAGAAAACUAAACCACAAUAAAUGUAUAGAAUUUAACACAAGGCUCCUUUUCCAGUGUUGUAUAAAGUACUGAAAUCUCAGAGUCAAGUAAAAGUAUAAGUACCUCUCCAAAAUAUGACUUUGGU